AUGUCCGAUCAGUUGCUUAACAAGCUAGAUACUGUGGUGGCAGAUAUUCUGGCCGACUGGAAUAUCUACACUACCAUUGUUGCUGGCCUUGUGGUUACUUUCGCGAUCUAUUCAGUAGUAUCAGCUAAGGACCCAGAUGUACACCCGUUUCUGCUUGCCCGUCAAUCCACUUCAUCUCCAAUUCGCCAGUCAGGCGAAUCUGCAACAUAUCGCAGCUUGGAAACCCCAUAUGGUUUCCCUCUGCGAGCAGGAUUGAAUGUUAAGGAUCCUGGGGCUCCUAAGUGGACCGCAGGUAGGAAAGGCGACCUACGUGAUAUCUGGAGAACAGCAGUGCACGGAGCUCUGAACGAAGAUGGCAGCACAUCCAAGGCACGAAGCAAGAUCUAUACUGUCCUCGGGAAACGGGCUGUUGAACAUUCUCUAUCUCAAGUCACCCAGGAAAUCAACGUGAUCGGUCAUUAUCUCCAGAAGGCCAAGGUCAAAACCGUAGCCGUUUGCUUGACUGACUCUGUUGAGCUGCUGGCUUCUAUAUUCGGUAUUACUGAUCCUCGAAUGUCGGGUGCCUUCUACGGCUUCAAGGUUAUUCUUGUCCCUCACCACCUUCCGGCGGAGACUCUGGCAGCUCAUCUUCGGGCGGCCCAAGCGGAUGCUUUGAUUGCCGAAGCUGGAUCUGUCGAUCUCUCAGUGGCUUCCAAGGAUAAUAAGCAGCUCUCGCAAGUCAUCUGGGUUGCCAAGGAAGGAAACCGUCAUAUGGAUUGGCACGGAGUUCCUGAUAAUGUCGAAGGUGACAUGCAGGUAGAGGUUUGGCAUGAGUUGGUAGAGGAAAAGAAGGACCUGGCAGGCUUGGAUGUCCCUGAAUAUGAUCCCAAAGAGCCGGCUCCUGGAAUCAGUACUGUGUGGCCCUCGGAUUCUCAAUCUGGUAAAAUCAUCGAUUUUCAAUCAGAGAAUUUGGUGGCUGCUGUAGCUGCUUUGGGUUCUACACUUCCCCGAAACCAGCGACUCUCUUCGUCGGAUCUUGUCUUGUCAAUCGACUCUCUUUCUAGGUCUUACCCUCUUUGCAUCAUCUUCAAUGCACUGUUCUCCAAUGCAUCCAUUGCGUUGAACUCUGUUACUGGUGAGGAUGUGGAUUUUGCUUUGGCAACUGUUGGUGUUUCUCCGACGGUUAUUGUGGCCUCCUCGCGCACUAUUUCGAACUACCAUGACAGUAUCAUGCAACCCAGAGUUGGGCUCUUGUCUUCCUUGGGCCGAUGGGUUCAGAAAAGAACCCUGGACUCUGGUAGCAUGCCCUCAAAGAACAUCUUCAGCCAGCUGGCUCGUGCUGGCCCGACAUCAGAGCUUUCGUUGGACAAGUUACGUUUGCUUUGUGUCUCGCAUCGCAUUGAUGCACCUGCCUCGGCUCAGCUUACCAUGAAGCAGCUGACACAUUUCCGGAUCUUCACUAACGCGCGUAUCAUUUACGCUCUGACUGGUCCCGGUAUUGCUGGUGCUAUUGCUCAGACAAAUGUCUUUGAUUAUCGACACGGGGAUGGGCCGAGCCACUUCGGCGCUCCCCUCAGCAGUACUGAAAUCACAUUGACUGGUGUUUCCGAAACCGCAGCCGCAGUUCAACCGGAAGGCGAGAUCAAAGUCUCAGGACCUGCUGUUGUUGGCGGAGAGACAGUCCUUGUUCCGCGGGUCCGUAUCAGCAAAGAAAACACCGUGGAGCUUUGCACUUGA